AUGGCGUCAACAAUCAACCGCCUGGCGGCGCUGCUUGCUGCCGUUCCUAUUACACAGGCGCUCUAUACCGACGGAAACAUCGUCGUGCCUUGCGACUCACCCAUAUAUUGCCAUGGCGAUCUCCUGAGAGAAGUGGAGCUUGCUCGGCCAUUUUCCGACUCCAAGACCUUUGUCGACAUGCCCGGCAAGAAGCCCCUUGACGAAAUCCUUGCAGCUUUCGAGAAGCUCGAGAAGCCUCUCAAGAAUGACACCGUCCUCCAAGACUUCCUGUCCGAGUACUUCGCAGAGCCUGGCGGCGAGCUCGUCCACGUCCCGCCAGAAGAGCUCUCGACCGACCCAGCGUUCCUCGACGAGGUUAACGAUACAGUCAUUCGCGAGUUUGUCUCCAAGGUCAUCGACAUCUGGCCCGAUCUAACUCGGUCCUAUGUUGGCUCGGGGGAAUGCUCGGACUGCCCCGACAGCUUCCUGCCGGUGAACCGCACCUUUGUCGUCGCGGGAGGUCGCUUCCGAGAGCCCUAUUACUGGGACUCGUACUGGAUCGUCGAGGGCCUGCUGCGCACCGGCGGCGACUUCGUCGACAUCUCGAAGAACAUUAUCGAGAACUUUUUGGACUUUGUCAACGAUUAUGGUUUCGUACCGAACGGUGCGAGGAAGUAUUAUCUGAAUAGGUCGCAGCCGCCAUUGCUUUCGCAGAUGGUCAAGGCCUAUGUCCAUUCCACAAACGACACGAGUAUUUUGGAUAGGGCCGUCCCUCUGCUUAUCAAGGAACAUGAGUUCUUCAUAAAUAACCGAUCAGUCACGGUGACCGUUGGAAACAAGAGCUACACGCUAAACCAAUACAACGUUGAUAACAACCAGCCCCGACCCGAGUCUUUCCGCGAAGACUACAUCACCGCCAACAACGCAUCCUACUACGCCAAGUCCGGCAUCAUCUACCCCGAAGUCGAGAAGCUCACCGACGAGCAAAAAGCCCUCGUUUACAAGAACCUCGCCACCGGCGCCGAAAGCGGCUGGGACUACUCGAGCCGCUGGAUCUCCCGCCCGCGCGACGCCGCCGACGACGUCUACUUUCCCCUGCGCUACCUGAACAUUGUCGGCACCGUCCCCGUAGACCUCAACUCCAUCCUCUAUGGUAAUGAGAUUGCCAUCGCGGAGCUCCUCGAAGCAACCGGCGAUGAGGAAUUGGCCAGGAAAUGGCGCUCCAAGGCCGAGGAUCGCAGCGCGGCCAUGUACGCCACCAUGUGGAACGAGACGCUAAACAGCUACUUCGACUUCAACCUCACCUCCAACGCGCAGAACAUCUACGUCCCCGCCGACGACGACACCGCCGACUUCGAGAGAUUCACGGCCCCCGAGGACGACCUGCAGGUCUCCUUCUCCGCGGCGCAGUUCUACCCGUUCUGGACGGGCGCCGCGCCGUCCCACCUCAAGGAUAACCCUCUAGCCGUAAAACUCGCCUACGACCGCGUGGCCAGGUACCUUGACCUUCGCGCCGGCGGCAUUCCCGCCACCAACUUCCGCACGGGCGAGCAGUGGGACCAGCCGAACGUGUGGCCCCCGCUCAUUCACAUCCUCAUCUCCGGCCUCCUAAACACCCCGCCCACCUUUACGGACAAGGACCCGUCCUACCGCGCCACGCAGGACUUGGCCCUCUCCAUCGCCCAACGAUACCUCGACUCCACCUUCUGCACAUGGUACGCCACGGGCGGGUCGACUUCCGAGACCCCGCAGCUGCCCGGCCUGACGGACGAGGAUAAGGGCGUCAUGUUUGAAAAGUACUCCGAUGCGGCGAUCAACCGCGUAGGGGGCGGUGGCGAGUACGAGGUCGUCGAGGGCUUUGGCUGGACGAACGGCGUGCUGAUCUGGAUUGUGGAUACGUUUAAGAAUGACUUGAGGAGGCCGGACUGUGGCGAAAUCGAGGCUGCGAAUGUUCAUCCUGGGCGAAAGUUAUGA